AUGGCAGAAUCCAGAGCACUCGAGUCCACGCUCACCAAAUUAUCAAUAAAUCCCCAAGCCACAAGAGCACCAGGAUCAUCAGGCACGAAGAAGAAAGCAGUGGCAGAAUCUUGGGAAGAUGAAGACUUCGAAUCCGACUCUGGAGACGAAACAGACCGACCAUUGUCACCCCAGAAAUCUGCAGACUACCCCUCCGCUCCGCCUCCCACACCUAGCUCCCCGACACAUUUCAUGAACGCCGAAACCUUUGCCAACCCAUACGGAUAUGACAUGAACGGCUCGAGUGAUGUGAAGAGUGAGCGGAGUACGAGACCAGAGAAAACCGAUGCUGUUGCGAAGAGGAUGAUUGCUGGGGCGCUGGGGGUCAAGGCUCCGAAGAAGACAGAGGAGCAGAGGGCCUAUGAGCGGGCUGUCAAGGAGAAGGAGAUCAAGAGAAGGAAAGAGGAAAAGGAGGCUGCGGUUAGGGCGAAGGAGGAUGCUGAGAAGGCCAAGGCUGCUGUUUGGGACGACUAG